UACAGAGAGAAAGAAAAGCCAUGAAACGACAGCGUUAAGCUCUUUCAGCUUCCGCCCAAAGAAGUUCCAUUUCCAUAAGUCGGCCGCCGGGGAGCGCGCCGUCACCGUUGCAGGGUUCAACUCCCCGGGAAAAUCCGUGCCGCAAGAGCUUCCCGGCCGAGCCCAAGUGGGAGAAAGUACGGAGAAACUGAAAUUCAGCUCUAGAAUCUCGUGAUUCGAGUCUCAGAUGCAAGUUCUCCCGCCCAUACGGCCUCGUCUGGCAGCUAUUGCCGACUGUUGGCGGCGGUUCAGCUCAAGGACGCUCCCAGUUCGAGCAUUCUCGAGCUCAUCGGAUUUAUGGGACCAGUCUCGCGGUGGUCUCCCUCGCUUCUUCUCCGAAGUUCUCCCUCGUUCUAAGGGUGGAGUGGUCCGUGUGCAAGGUGAUGAGUUCUUUCAUAUGACCAGAGUCUUAAGAUUAACAACAAAUGACAGGGUAGAGCUCUUCAAUGGAAAAGGAGGCUUAGUGAGCGGGUGCAUUCAGUGCAUUGACCGUGCAGGUGUGGACUUUGUUGCUCUGGAGGACCCAAAAUUGGUCAGUCCUCCUAGUCCCCAAUGGCAUGUAGUUGCUGCUUUAGGAACAUUAAAGGGUGGUCGAGCUGACUGGCUUGUGGAGAAAUGUGCCGAACUUGGGGCUAGUAGCGUAACCGCGCUGUUGACUGAACGAUCUCCUUCUAUCUCAGAAAAUCGAGUCGAUAGGUUGGAACGUGUUAUCUUGGCUGCGUCAAAGCAAUGCCAAAGGCUGCAUGAAAUGGUAGUACAUCCUCCAACAAAAAUCAGUGAUGUUCUACCUAAAGUUUCCCAGUCAAAGCUAUCAUUUCUGGCCGUUGCAGAAGCCCCUCCUCUUAUGAGUGCACUGACUUCAUUGGAACUCAAAUCUGAUGGUCUAUUAAUAGUCGGACCUGAAGGGGAUUUCACCGCGAAAGAAUUGAAGCAACUUACAGAAGCAGGGGCCACUGCAAUUGGCCUUGGGCCAAAUCGCCUUCGUGUAGAAACUGCGACAAUUGCACUUUUGGCUGCUCUGAUGUUAUCGUCUGAUGCUCAGCAAACAACAUGACUUUGGCUUGAUUGCUUUGUCAGCUGUCCGGUUUCGUUGAUGAACUUGGCUUUGCCUCCUUCCGCAUAACCGACUCCGGUAUGCAUUCUCUACUUCUACUGUUCGAUACUGAUGCAAGUUCCUCUACUGAGUACAAUCCCCUCUCAUCAUUCGACAUAUUAUCCGUGCUUUCACAUCGACCUCACCCGUGUCUGAGAUUAUUUAACGGCCUCGCAGCACUAAUCUUAUGGAAUGGAACGGAAACAACACGAACAAUCUCUCAUGCGUGUUUGUGUUGACUUUUAGGUGCAAAUGUCAAAGCAGAAUUUUCUGCGGUGGGCUGUUGCUUUGUUCCUCGGAGGAAAAUAGACUCCAAUUUUGUCAUUUUUCCUUCUUCUGGCUUAGAAAAUUUGAUGUUGUUCGUAAUAUAACCUGUUAGGUUAGAGAAGGUCCUGAUAGUCAACUUGUUGGACCAUGAGAAAGUCGACUACGUACGGGAUAAUCUCACCAUAAACUUCACUGUAGGGAUUACGGGACUGCACAUGUCUCGAGAAGUAGUUAGACGUGUGUACGGUAUGAAAUUUGGUGAUUGAAGGGAAGUCGCAAGCAGUUACACGUGGCUAAACAAACGGGUCAAAGUUAGGUUUUGCCAUUCAUGCCGUGAGUGUAAAUGCUGCUUUCGCCAUUGAUGCUAACUGAUUGGGUUCACUUCGACUGGCACAAUUCCAUAUCUAUUGAGUAUUUUCGGUGCGAUGAAGCAGCUUAGGCUC